AUGACAAAUUUAGAUCCCACGGAUGGUUCAUUAAAUUACAAUGUGAUAUUCAUUAAAUGGGGUGAGCAAUUUAUAUCGAAUAAUUGCUUAUAUAAUUCUAAGGAAAAUAAUUUAAUGCUUGUUUUUUUUUUUUUUUUUUGUAGGUGGAAAUUGCAACAAAUUAUCGGAAGGUAAAAUUAUUUCAUGAUUCACAUUAUUUUAGGAAUACAAUAAGAUAAUUUAAUAAGGAUCUGCAGUUUAUUUACGUUAUCAAUAUGAAUAAAAAUUGAAAUUAAAAAAAGAGCAGAUACUGGGGACGGGUGCAGCCACUGUUGUAGAUGGGAAAUUGGGAAGGUAGGAUACAUAAAGUUAUUUAAUUUAUAUCUGUAUGCAAUGAUAAACUAUUGCUAAUGAAAAACGACUUGGAAUGAAAUUCGAUAAAGCAUAUUUUGAAAUGCAGUAAUUUUUACGAUUUUCGUAAAAUUUUGAUCUUAAAACGCUUAUAGAAAUAAAAUUAAUGCACUAAACUCAGAUUUGUUUUUUAUACCACUAAGUACAACUUAUAAUAUCUUUUAAUAUUCCUUUAAUAAUCCUAUAAUAUUUUAACACAACCUUGUGUUAAAUUUUCAAGCAUUUCUUUUAAGCCAUAUAAUUUUAAUAACAGAAACCUACUAAAUUAAUAUAUACAUAUAAAAACACGAAAGUAUUAAAUACUUAUAAAUUGCCUAAACUUAGUUAAAACUUUACCUCAUCUACAAAUUGCCAAUAUAAGUAUUAUGUGAAAACUACAGGUUUCCGUAAUAAUUUCCAACCGAAUAAGAACAAAAUACCCAAAUUUCCUACGUUUUUUCCCGGUUUUUCAUAAUUAUUAGAAAAACUAUACAAAAAACCAAACGACUUUUUUACUCACCAAUUAGACAAAAUUUUAUUUCUGAAAAUAUGCUAUUCUUGAAAUUCAGACAAAGAUUUCUGGUAGAAAAAUAUAGUUUUAAAAAUGUUAAAGAACAAAAUCGUCACGCCGCAAUUUUAAAUAAUCGUAUUUUUCGUCUUUUUUAAUUUUUCCCGAUUAUUAUAAAAACUACUUUAGAUAUCAAAAAAAAAUUCCUUGCAAUGGCUAUAUGGAAAAAAAAAUCGAUCUCUUGACAUUCAUCGAUUGGAGCAAUAUUUCUGGUAGAAAACGUUGUUUACAAAAACUAAAAACAAUGAAAUCGUUAACGACGUGGCAUACUGUAAAUACAUUAUAUUGUUUUACCUAUAAUUUUCUUUCCGGUUUUUCCUAAUUAUUUUAAAAACCCCUUGGAAAAUAAAAAAUAAUUACUUCUUUAAUGCACCAACUAGACAAAAUUUCUUCAGAAUAAAUACUGCACUUUAUACAUCGGGUCAAGGUUUCUUUUCGAAAAGUUGUUUACAGACAAAAAAUAUAUAAAAAAAAAAAUUCCCCGCUACGCCCGAAUCUAAUAAUGUUAAGAAGUGCCUCUAUCAGCACUGACCUUAUUCGAUAUUGAACUAAAGUAAUUAUGUAAAUAAUAAUAAUUUUUUUUACUUUAGGAAUAGAACAUAGUUACUGUUCCUAUCUCGUCAACAAUUAUUCUUUGAACAGUACGUAUUAUUGUUUAAACAAUUCAAUAUAUUGUACUAUGUGUAUACUAAAUAUACAUUUUCAAUAUUGUGGAAUUGUGGAGGAAUUUGCUUAGAAUUUCAUUGCUUACCCGUAUUGCGAUGGUUUUCUUGUGUAUACCAAUAACUAAUAUACCUACAUCGGUGACACCCGACUGAGCACGAUCGUUAUUGACCGACCUAUUUGAUGACCCGAUUGAGCACAAUAAAAUAAAUAAAUAUUGUGUACAACGUUGUCAGAUUUUCACUAACACGAUGUUAUGCAGGUUACUAAUAGGUAACUAACAUAUUAUUAGCCGAAGAAGAUUUUCCUAUCGAUCGAUGGGUACCCGUGGAAGUUAAAAAUAACUGGGAUAGACAGAAAACCAGAAUUUUAUCUAGGUGCAACGAUUGCACUAAAUUGUGAUUAACUGUUAUUGUAUGUACCUACGCUGUAAAUAAGACUUGGUCACAGUCAGUCUGUUCAGCUGUCUCGUGCUCGUGUCUCUUCAAAAAUAUUGUGUAUUUUACAAAUUCUACAAUUAUUAUGAUGGAAAAUAAUAAAAUGCAAAUAAUUUUAUCCGGGAAAGGCAGAAUUGACACAUGUUGAAGCUUUCAAGUACAGGUUUAAUGGGUCGAGAAAAAUAGGUGAAUUAUUGAAAUGGCGAUGAUGACAAAAAAUUAUUGUACAGCGACCUUUUUCAUCUAAUUUUUUUUAUAUAUAUUCGGUAUUUAGCGGAACAAAUUUUAAUUUUAAUAUAUAUUUAACUAACUGACCAGCAAACGCUAUCUUAAUUCAUAAUAAUAUGUGAUUAAAAACCAAUAAAAAAUGUUUAUCUAUAAAUAUUUGUAUUUUUUAUUUUUUAAUAAUAAUAAUCUACAGUACAAAGUGGCAACGUCGCACCUUUUUUCGUGCUCAAUCAUGUUUUUUUGGAGGUUUCUAUUGUUUAAUUGCAACCGUGUUAAAUCGAGUUUUAAAAAAGGUCAAUUGCGCUCAAUCGGGUUCCAGCCACCUACAUAUGCAGUGGCAUGCCCAGGAAUUUUUAGUGGGAGGAGAUGUAACGAAUAAAAAUCGUGAAGAAAGUAAAAUUGUCUUCUCUGCCCGACUCGACUAUGGAAAUUGGUAAAUUAAAAGCUGGAUCCUAAAAAAGCCGAUUUCUACUCAAUACGUCAAGCAUUUUCUCGGAAAUCGGCCGAAAUUUGAGUUUCAAUAUUCGAUUACUCGUAUUUUGUUGUAUUUUUAAGCCAAUAGGGGGGGUAGGAUAUAACCCCUAACUUCCUCCCAGGGCCACGCCACUAUACAUGUGUAUAUUGUACAUUGUGUGCAUAAUAGGUAUGCAUGUUAUGUAUAUUAUUAUAUUUGUUAUCAAACAUAAAUACAUAAUUAUUAUAUAGUAAUUAAAACAAAUUAAUGAUUUUUUUAGUUGCUGCGAACGAAGAAUUAUUAGGCACAGAUGAAUGGUGUGAACGAUACAUUCGCUACCAGUACCAAUCAGGUGAACGUCGAAAAUCCAGUAUUUUCAGUAAUAUAAUUUAA